AUAGUAAAUUCGAUUGCCGCCUGCUAUUCUUAUAAAACCAUGUCUUGUAGCAACUUUUUAAUAAGAGCUGGAACACGCAGUGGACUACUAAAUACACAAGGAACUGCUGCGCCUCUAUUAAAUGUUUUGGUACGGCAUGGUCACCGAAUGCGCGGCAAGGCGCCCGGUGAAGCGCGAUCUAUGGAGCAGCGUUUACAGGAAGAAAAUGUCAGUGAUCCAGAAGUGACGGCUCGCAUCAACAUUGGUUUUCCACAGCUGAGACCAUCGCGUUCAGUACAACUCAAGGCACGCCUAGAGCACUUAAAGGCACAGCGUGCCAACGUUGAGCUGGAAAAACAAGCCCGUAGUAAUACAUUGCUGAUUGACCUAGACAAGGUGCAGCAGGCGUAUAAGCAGACGACGGGACAGUAUGAUCUACGUCUUAUGGCAGAUCAUUAUGGAAUCUUCGAUCACUUGUUUGGCAGUGCUUACUUUAUACCACGUGUGGCGCUAGAUAUAUGGUACGACACCGAUAGCUCCAGCUCCAGUCCGGUGUAUAAUGGCAAUGUUAUUAAGCCAGCGGAGGCAACAAAAGCACCACACGUAAGCUUCGAUGGCAUGUUGGAUCCUAUAACAGGCAAGCCAGCGACUAACGGUAAUAGCUAUUGGACGCUUCUGGCUACAAAUCCUGAUGCGCACUAUACACAGACUUCUGCUGAGUGUCUCCACUGGUUCAUCGCCAACAUACCCAAUGGCAAUGUCAAAGACGGUGAAGUUUUGGCCGAAUAUUUGCAACCAUUUCCGCCUAAGGGAUUCGGCUAUCAGCGCAUAGUUUUCGUUUUGUACAAGCAACAAGGGAAACUUGAUUUAAGUAGCUACAUGUUGUCCGCUAAAGAUUCCAAGAAUUUGGAGAAGCGCACGUUCAGCACCCUCGACUUCUAUCGCCAGCAACAAGAGCAUUUGACGCCAGCGGGUUUGGCUUUCUAUCAGACUAACUGGGAUGAAUCAUUAACGCAAUUUUAUCACAAUGUCUUAGAACUUAAGGAGCCAAUAUACGAGUACGACUUUCCCAAACCCUAUCUGGCCGAUCAGAAAUUUUUCCCGCUUAAACAGGCCUUCAAUCUGUACAUGGAUAAGCAUCGCGACCCCAAGCAAGUUAACAAGGAAUAUUUAGAGCGUAAGCUGAUGAAAACGCAUCCUUUCGAGGGCCCUGAGAAACCCCUACAGUUUCCCAUGGCGCAUCCCAUACGCGAUGUGCCCUCAUGGCAAAAAACCGAGAUACGCAAGGAGCGAUUGGGCACGGGGCGCGUACAGGAUUAUUAAACAAUGUUUUUGCUCGGUUCCUGUAAUAAAUAACAAGUUUUGCUUUUCGUAGCUGUUGGAAGUACACGUAUUGAAGUACAUGGAUUGUGCAUCUUAAAUGUAAUAAAUAAAUACAGUGUACUGUCUAAUAAAUACGUGAAUUAAAAAACUGUUUUAAAAAUA